AUGUUGGCGUCACAUAUGGAAUCAAAAGGGCAAAGAUGGCCGAAUGUUAGAUUGGGAGACAUAGGAGAUUUAUCUACCGCUUUUAAUUAUGGAAUCUCUGACAUGAUGAUGAACAAUUUAUGGGUUUAUGAUCUUAACAUACUUGAAGAACCACAAACCGAUCAAAUUUCUGGGUUCCCUGAACAAGCAUCAUCUGAAUUCACAGUUUCUGAUCAUCCCAAUUUAUCUUCAAAGUUUGUGGUUAACAACGAUAUACAGCAAAACAUAGAGAAUGAUGAUCCCAACUUCAUAAAACCCAAGAACAUAGAAACAAUCGAAUCUAAACCAACCCAAAAGUGCAUAAAAGGCCCACGAAGCAAAAGAUGCAGAAGAACCGUUUUCGAAACUCCAUGGACUCCAUCAAUGGAUAAUCUUUAUGGCUCAAAUGAUAAUCAAGGAUCUGGUAUUAGCAAAAGAGCUUUAAGAGAAGAUGUUAAUGAACCCACUUUCAAGAUCCAAAAGGGUGUUAGUGUUACUGAUAAUCUUGAAAGCAAUGAUCUUGUUUCAGAAUCCAGUGGCAAAUGUGUAAAUAGUGUUGGAAGAUGGUUAGAGGAUGUGGGAUUUGGAAGAUAUGCAGGUAUGUUUGAAAUGCAUGAGGUUGAUGAAGAAGCAUUACCUUUGCUUACUCUUGAUGAUUUGAAAGAGAUGGGUGUUCUUGCUGUUGGGCCAAGAAGGAAGCUUUAUGCUGCUAUAUCUCGGUUGAGGGGCGAAUGUGACAAUUAA